AUGCUUGCGACGGCUUUCUCUCUGGCUGACUAUGAAUUUAUUGUAAUAGGUCCUGGCGCUGGAGGUAGUCCACUCGCCGGUCACAAAACUCUUCUCCUUGAGUCGGGCGACGACCAAGGGGACAAUACCAACUAUAACUUCUGGAACUUCUAUGUCCGGCACUACAGUGAUGACAACCGGCAAGCCCGGGACUAUAAGACAGUUUAUUCCACUCCCACCGGGGAGACAUACGUCGGCCUUCGUCCGCCACCAGGCUCGACAAUGAAGGGCAUCCUUUAUCCUCGCGGCGGCACCUUCGAUGGCUCUGCGGCUCAUAAUGCCCUGACUAGCAUUUAUUCCUAUUGUGGUUGGCUGUCCACCCAAACGUCAUCUUCGGAGGUGGUGCUGGAUGAUCCCCAGUUGCUGGGCUUGUUUCUUGGGGGGGUUGGGGCCCUCGGCAAGCCUGCCAACCUGUUGACGUUGCUGGCUGGGGAUAUCAACACGGAACUACCCAAGCGAGACACUGAGCCGGCCGCCUACCAAAUUCCGGUUCAAACCGACGAUGGUCGUCGGCGCAGUCCCCGCGAGAGGGUUCUCACUGUCAGGGCUGCCGGACACCCUCUCGCCAUUCGAACCAACUGCCAUGUCACGAAAGUCCUCUUCGACCGUUCUGUCUUCCCACCUCGAGCUACUGGGGUCUCCUUUCUUGAAGGGAAACAUCUAUACAGCGCCAGUCCGUUGGCCCGUCAAGAUAACUUUUUCCUAGGUGGGAUUCCCGGUACAGCCAUCCCCUCACGCGAAGUUAUCAUCGCUGGGGGGGUAUCUAAUAGCCCUCAACUCCUCCACCUGAGCGGCAUCGGACCCGCGGAGAACCUACGCCAGUGGGGAAUCGAGCCUCUGGUAAACCUUCCCGGCGUCGGGACCAAUCUGCAAGACCACUAUGAAAUCGUAGUUAUAAGCCGCUUCCCAAAUAAAUCCUCGUUCCUGCAUGGCUGUACUUUCAGCUACCCGGAAGGCCCCGACCCAUGCUACCAACGUUGGCAAAUUCCUAUCCACGGUCAUCGAGCUACCUAUGCUACUGCAGGCUUUCCCGUUGGCCUUCUCUACAAAAGCACAGUGACUACCAACAACACUUGUGAUGUGCUUCUCUUCGGUGGUCCGACCGGCUACCGCGGUUUUUGGCCGGGUUUCAGCGUCAACAUCACCAGUGACCAUAGGAUCUUUGUCUGGGCGGUUCUGGAAGCGCAUCCUCGGAACCGCGCAGGCACCGUUUCCCUAAAGUCGACCGACUCUCUCGAGACGCCGGACAUUGAGUUUAACUACUAUGACACGGGUUCGCCCGGUUACGAGGAAGACCUUCAAGCACAGGUUGAAGGCAUCCUUCUCGCAAGGAACGCAUUAGAGAAGCAACCAACUCCCUUUAAAGAGAUUCUACCUGGCCCAGAGGUUGCGACCAGAGAAUAUAUCAUUCGAUAUGCGCAGGAUACUGCUUGGGGGCACCAUGGCUGCUGCACAUGCCCGAUUGGCGCCGAUGACGAUCCGAUGGCGGUCUUGGAUUCCAAGUUCCGUGUGCGCGGCGUGACAGGGCUGAGGGUUGUGGAGGGAUCAGCUUUCUCGUGGCUUCCCAGUUCCUUCCCGGUGCUGGCCACAUAUAUGAUUGCUGAGAAGGCAGCGGCAGAGAUCCUAAGUGAAACAAAAGAAGAGCUAUAG